CAUGGGCUAGGGGCAGCAUGUGAAGCGGGGGCAAGGGCUGCCCCCUCCCCCAGCCCCGCCGCGCCUGAGGAGCACGAAGAUGGGGGAUUUCUACGACCCGGAACAUCCCACCCCGGAGCUUUCCUGGCUGGAUUGCAAUAGAGAAGAAGAAAUUGAGGCCAAGACUGAAAAUGUGCAAAAGCCUGGCUUUCUCAAAGGCCCGGUGUUCAAAGGCGUUGCUUCUAGUCGCUUUUUGCCCAAAGGCACGAAAACAAAGGUGAACCUUGAGGAGCAAGGAAGACAGAAGGUGUCUUUCAGCUUCAGUUUAACAAAGAAAACCUUGCAAAAUAGAUUUCUCACGGCUCUUGGAAACGAAAAACAAAAUGAAACUCAGAACUCCCCUGCUACAUCCCUUCAAACUGACUUCGCCCCCAAAGUUAAAAUGGACCUUGGCGAUACCUCUGCAGCGGAAGACUCUUCGCCACCAAAGCCUAAGGUGGAAUUGGGCAAGAUCCAUUUUAAAAAGCAUCUGCUUAGUGUUACGGCAAAACCACUGGCAGCUACAGCCUCAGUGCCACCACCAGCAGCUUUAGCACCUGUAAUGGAGUUGGCGGCAGCAGUGGUGACAGAUAUUCCAACAACGCCGCCGCCACCACCGCCGCCGCUGCCGCCUCCCCAGACAGCGUCGCCACCAGCAUCGACACCAGUCCUAAUGACAGCAGCUUUGUCGCAACUGCCAAUCCCAUUACCAACAAUAGUAAUACCGCUGCUGUCGCCAGCUGUAGAAGCAGACGUCCCAACUCCAAAGGAGCCAUCUAAUAUGCUAGCAAAAGAACCUUUAGAACUGAGCCUUAAGCAGGAUACUGUUUCUAUUAGUUUUGAAGAACAUUUAACUCAAAAUAUAGCCGAGCAAACAGAAACAACUCCGCAGAAGGAAGAUUCCCAUAUUGGGAAGGAGGAAGACGUUUCAGACGGUUCCAAGGGCAUUUCUCUUUGCGCCAAAAAACAGGCCUCCAAGAGGAAGUUCUCGCAAUCUGAUGGCCCGGUACUGGGUUCCGAGUCCGACGAAGACUCUGUGAGGACGUCUUCCAGCCAGAGAUCCCACGAACUAAAAGUAUCGAGUACGGAAAAGGAAAAAGAUCCGAGGAAGUGUUCCACCUCUUUCAGAAGUGAGGAUCUGGGGAAAUGCUCCUCGCGCUCCAAACCGGACAGAGAGGAAAAAUAUUCUAGUUACUCCAAAUCAGAAAGAGACUCCAGGUAUACAUCCUCACGCUCUCGGUCAGACAGGGACAGAAGACGGAGCAGGUCUCACUCUCGAUCCAGAUCUGAUAGAGGCUCUAGAACCAGCUCUUCCUAUUCAAGAUCAGAACGGUCUUAUUACUAUGAGUCUGACCGGAGGUACCAUAGAAGCUCCCCCUACAGAGAGAGGACGAGAUAUUCUCGUUCUUACAUGGAUAACAGGAUGAGGGAGAGUUCAGAUUCGGAAGAAGAGUAUCGGAGGACACAUUCCCGGUCAAGUGACUUGAGGCGCACAUCAUCUCAUUCCUCCUCAUAUAGAGAGUCCAGAACUUCUUCCUAUUCGAAAUCAGACAGGGACAGCAAAAUAGAAUCGUCUUAUGCCGAAAUGGAGCGAAGAGGGAAGUCGUCUUCAAAAUCAGAUCGCGAUUCGAAAAGGAGCUUGGAAAGCGAAGCAGCAAAAAGGUGCUCUCCCCUGAACGAACUGGGAUAUCGAAGGGGGACUUCCCAUUCUAAACCCGACAGCAAUGUGAACUCUUCCCGUUAUAAGUCCACACCUUCAAAGACAUCUGCACCAAAGUCGGAUAAAUUUAAAAGUUCUUUCUGUUGUACAGAAUUGGUUGAGGAAAUCAAACAGCACUCUAAUUCUUUAGAUUUAGACACAUCUUGUCUGAAAAGCAGUGAGUUAAGGAUGUCUAUUUCGAAAAAAUGUGAAAGGGAAAAGACUGUUUCUCCAUUAAAUCAGUUAAAUGAUUCGCCUACUUUUAAAAAGCUAGAUGAGUUGAAAGUCAGCUCUCCUCGUUCCAAAUCUGAUGAAUUUACAGGAAAUGAAUGCCACGACAGUAUUAAUGAACAAGAAACUUUAUUAAAGGUAAAGCACGAUCAGUUAAGAACUUACUGUCCCAUUGAACUGAAUCUAAAUGGUUCCCCAGAAGGUAGGUCUGAUGACUUACCAACUUUCGGUGCCUGCAAAGCAGAAGACGUUGCGAUAUCCUCUGACGAUAGUCAGUGUAGAACAGAGGUGUCGCCUCUAAAGUCUAAUAGAUCACGUAUGUUGGCAUCUAAUGGGUUUGAAAGUGUAUACAAGUCAUCUAAAGGACAAGAUCUGGAUAAUUCUCACAUACAGUCCAAUGAAUGCAACAGUUCAUUUAAAGAAACGGAGGCUCCCGCUCCAGUCCAAGAUGAGGUUGUAUCUUCACCAGCUCUCGGUGUAGAUCAUUCUAAAACGUUACUUAAAAAUUGGGAUGACCAGACAGCUCCUUGUAACAAAACCAAAGAUCCGGUCUCUUGCUAUGUUUCCGAUGACACUAAUCCUUCCUUACAUCAUUCAGAAAUCGAAAUGGAACCCACUGAUAUAAAAGUUACUCAAGAAACUUUUAUGGACAUUCAUGUAGAGCCACAAACGGUUACGUGCGAGUAUGAAAAUGCAGAGGAUCGAAAUUCCAGCUCUUCAUUUGAAGAUGAACCAUGUUCUGUUAAUCCCUCCCAUAAACUAAGCUUAAUUGUAGAUAGUUCAAGCCGAGAUUCUUGCCAAGAAGAGUGCUCCUUGAAAAUGAACAUAGACAAUCUAAUUAUUACACAACACCUAGAGGAAACUUAUGCUUCCAAAGUGUAUCGAGCCAGGCUGAAUAAAAGCGAAGAAUUCUUGGAGUGCUCUGAGACUGAAGAGAUACUUGAAUUAGAUGGCCAGCAUAUGGAGCCCAACUUCCAAAAAAGAAAACCAUCAUUUAAAAAUGAGCAUUCGUAUUAUUUAGACGUACCAGUGGGACACCUGGAAAGAGAGGAAGCAGUUGAGGAGAGUUCUGUCUUUGAAAAACCUGGCUUGGAUGACUUGAAGGACCAGCCUCUCGACACUUCAGUGGAUAGGGAGGAAAGAGCAGAGUCCCUGGUGGUGUCGGCUUUUCCAGAAGCUUUGCUUCCAUCGUGUGAUAUUGUUGUGACUGCAGAAGAAAUGGACACUAUGGCUCAAGCCCCGACAUGCGAUAGUAGUGGCAGUACUUCUGAAUUCAUUCCUGCCCACCCUGAUGAUUAUUCUGAUACGGCAGAAAGUGAGAGUGAGCAAGGGAGCGAAGAAAGCGAUACAGAGGACUCUGACUCGGAUGAUGGUAUCCCAAGGAACCGUCUUCAGUCGGUUGUAGUAAUCCCCAAAAAUUCUACUAUAACGAUGGAGGAAAGCAGUCCUUGUUCAUCUCGGAGCAGCCAGGACAAUAGGCGGUACUCUGAUCAUUGGGAAGACGACCGGCCAGAGCCCAGCAAACUUUACUAUGAAGAAAGGCCAGAUAAUACAGCAAACAAAAACGGGUCACAGAUGGAGAGCAAAGGUUCUCCUAGGGGAAUGGAUAAGAGCCCGGCAACAUCUACUGAGCUCAGUAGAAAGGAAACGGAAGACCUCCAGCUAGACAUUUCUCAGCCGCAGAGUGAUGGAGUUGACAGUACAAGUCAGGCGGACCUAACCUCAAAUUCUAACAGCAAACCAAGUUCAGAGGAAAGAAUGCUCUCAAACGAGUUGAUGUCCAUAGCUAGGCCAAUUGGCAGGCACGAAGAACAGCCCUUUUGCCUUUCGGAGAGCUUUGAAAGUGAUGAAAAUAAAUGUAGGCAGCAGACACAUUCUUUUAAGCCAGACAGUAGACAAGGGAAGGCUGGAUUCAGUAAUCAGGCUGGUUUAGGAGACUUCUCUAGGGUGGAUGGAUUUCAUUCGACAGAAGAUCUGGGGAGCCUAGGGUGGGACUUCUCCCAACCAGAGAAACCCAGUAGCACAUAUCAGCAGCCUGAUAGCAGCUAUGGGAUAUACUCAGGUUAUGCCUACCAGCAAAGUUCAGCGCUGUAUAGUGGUUCACAGAAUUACUGGCAAGGCAAUGGUUAUUGGGACCCAAGAUCCAGCAGUAGGCCUUCCGCAAUAAAUUGUGAACGAACACAGGGGCAAGUACCAGAUUCGUUAACGGAGGACCACGAGGAGUAUGAAGAUGACGACAAUUGGGAUGACGAUUGCAAGCCUCACUUCCCUAGCCACUCGAGCAAGUUUCACGCUCUCAGCCAAAAGGAAAAAGGUUCUGUUCAGGCACACGAAAUCAGCAGCAAUUCGACAAAAGAGCCAGUCUCUGUAAAUGAGAAGAAAGAAGAGACAAAGAUUUUGGAGAAAAGUGACAUGAAAGAGCGAGGACCACCCAAGAAAAGAAGGCCAGAAGUGGAAAGCGACUCGGAGAGUGAUGGAGACUCGAGAGAAAGGAAGAAAGUAAAGAUGGAGGGAGAACAGGUGGAGUCAUUGCCUCGGGAUUCGGCAAUGGUCGGUCGAUUGUGCAUCAUGGAUGACUUCAGAGACCCGCAGCGUUGGAAGGAGUUUGCCAAGCAAGGAAAAAUGCCCUGUUACUUUGACCUUAUUGAGGAAAACGUGUAUUUAACGGAAAGGAAGAAGAACAAGUCCCACCGGGAUAUCAAGCGGAUGCUGUGUGAAUGUCCGCCCCUUUCCAAAGAAGAGAGAGGCCAAGGGGAAGUGGCUUGCGGAGAAGACUGUCUCAAUCGCCUGCUCAUGAUAGAGUGUUCUUCCAGGUGCCCAAAUGGAGACUACUGUUCCAACAGGCGGUUCCAGAAGAAACAGCAUGCAGAUGUUGAAGUGAUCCUGACCGAGAAGAAAGGCUGGGGGUUGAGAGCUGCCAAAGACCUCCCAUCUAACACGUUUGUGUUGGAGUACUGUGGAGAAGUGCUGGAUCACAAAGAGUUCAAAGCCCGGGUGAAAGAGUAUGCUCGCAACAAGAACAUACACUACUACUUUAUGGCUCUGAAAAAUGAUGAGAUAAUAGAUGCUACGCAGAAAGGAAACUGUUCCCGUUUCAUGAACCACAGCUGUGAACCAAACUGCGAGACACAAAAGUGGACCGUGAAUGGACAGCUAAGAGUUGGAUUUUUCACCACCAAGCUUGUCCCAUCAGGCUCAGAGCUAACAUUUGACUACCAGUUCCAGAGAUAUGGCAAAGAGGCUCAGAAAUGCUUCUGCGGCUCUGCUAACUGCCGGGGUUACCUUGGAGGAGAGAACAGGGUCAGCAUCAGAGCUGCAGGUGGAAAAAUGAAAAAGGAGCGCUCUCGUAAGAAGGAUUCGGUGGAUGGGGAGUUAGAAGCACUGCUGGAGAACGGAGAAGGUCUUUCAGAUAAGAACCAAGUUCUCAGUUUAUCCCGGCUGAUGGUUCGGAUAGAGACACUGGAGCAGAAACUCACCUGCCUCAAGCUCAUACAGAACACGCAUUCGCAAGCCUGCCUGAAGUCCUUCCUCGAAUGCCAUGGCUUAUCUCUCCUCUGGAUCUGGAUGACAGAGCUGGGCGACGGGAGAGGGAGCACCGCUAACAACCUGAAACUCCAGCUAGAGUUCAUGAAGACGCUGGAGCUCUUGCCCAUACCUAAUAAAAACAUGCUGGAGGAGAGCAAAGUGCUUCCCAUCAUACAGCGCUGGGCUCAGACCAAGACUGCUGUCCCGCAGCUCAGCGAAGGGGAUGGCUACUCGAGUGAGAAUACGUCGAGGGCCCACACACCGCUCAACACGCCAGACCUUUCCACCAAACACAGCAUAGAAGGUGAGACGGACACCCCGAAGAAGCUUGUAUUUCGAAGGCUCAAAAUUAUAAGCGAAAACAGCAUGGACAGUGCAAUCUCCGAUACUACCAGUGAGCUGGAGGGGAAGGAGGGCAAAGAAGACCUGGACCAGCUGGACAGUGCCCCUGCGGAGGUGCCGGAGGAGCAGCAGCAGCCGCCGGAGAUCAAAGCUGCUAUCGAUGCCCCGGUGGACAGCAGUAAACCCCAGACUGCUGAGCUGGAGACUGAGCCCGAAGCCGAGGCCAAAGAGAGCAACGGCACAAAGCUAGAAGAGCCCAUUGCCAUGGAAACGCCAUCUCAAGAUGAAGAGGAAGGUGUGUCUGACGUAGAGAGCGAGAGGAGCCAAGAGCAGACUGACAAGAUAGUGGAUGUGAGCGAGUGGGCUACCAAGCUGCUAGACAACUGGAAAGACCUCAAGGAGGUGUAUCGAAUCCCAAAGAAGAGUCAAGCAGAAAAGGAGAACAGCGCAGAUCGUGGGAGAGAUGCAGUAGGUCAGAGGGACCAAACUGCUACACCCAAGAAUCCAAACCUGAGCAGAGAACGAGACCCAGAGAGGCAGAGCCAGAGUAAAGAGAAAAAGAAACGGAGAGAUUCACUGUCCCCGCCAUCUUCAGCAUAUGAGCGAGGAACCAAGAGGCCAGAUGACAGGUAUGACACACCAGCAUCCUCCAAGAAGAAAGUACGGCUCAAGGAUCGCAACAAGCUGUCCACGGAAGAACGUCGGAAACUGUUCGAGCAGGAGGUCGCCCAGCGGGAGGCUCAGAAACAGCAGCAGCAACUGCAGAACCUCGGGAUGACCUCCCCGCUCCCCUACGAAUCCAUGGGCUACGGGGGUCCUCACCACAGCUUCAUCGGCUAUCCCCCGGGCUACCCCAUGCAAGCUUACGUGGAUCCCAGCAACCCCAAUGCUGGGAAGGUGCUUCUCCCCACUCCAACCAUGGAUCCCAUGUGCUCCCCAGCAGCCUAUGAGCAUCCCCAGACUUUAGUCGGACACACGGUUGAACCGACCUUGACCACGCCGCAGCCGGUACCAGUAGUACAACAUGUAGCAACAACGAUGGAGGUUACCACCCCUCAGUAUGUAGCACAAAGUGACACUGUCGUUCAUCAGGAACCUAGCGUCGCCGUCUUGCCAGUGCCUGCACCGGGUCCGGUGCAGGGACAGAGUUACGGCGUGUGGGAUUCCAGCCAGCAGACUGUCGCUGUACAACAGCAGUACUCUCCGGCCCAGUCGCAACCAGCCAUAUAUUACCAGGGACAGACCUGCCAGACUGUUUAUGGUGUGACAUCACCUUAUUCUCAGACACCUCCGCCAAUUGUACCGAGUUACGCACAGCCAGGUCUUCAGUACAUCCAGGGGCAGCAGAUUUACACAGCGCAUCCACAGGGGGUAGUGGUACAACCAACAACAGCAGUAACGACCAUCGUGGCAGCUGGACAGCCUCAGCCCAUACAGCAGCCUGAGAUGGUGGUGACCAACAAUCUCCUGGAUUUGCCGCCGCCGUCUCCUCCAAAACCUAAAACCAUCGUCCUCCCUCCCAACUGGAAAACAGCCCGAGAUCCAGAAGGGAAGAUCUACUAUUACCAUGUGAUUACAAGACAAACUCAGUGGGAUCCUCCUAACUGGGACAGCCCAGGAGAUGAUGCCAGUCUUGAACACGAAGCCGAAAUGGACCUCGGGACCCCGACGUAUGAUGAAAACCCAAUGAAGUCUUCCAAGAAGCCGAAAACAGCAGAGGCAGACACGUCGAGCGAGCUGGCUAAGAAGAGCAAGGAAGUGUUCAGGAAAGAGAUGUCCCAGUUCAUUGUGCAGUGCUUGAACCCCUACCGCAAGCCGGACUGCAAAGUGGGCAGGAUCACCACAACGGAAGACUUCAAACACUUAGCACGCAAGCUGACUCACGGCGUCAUGAACAAGGAGCUGAAAUACUGCAAGAACCCCGAGGACCUGGAGUGCAACGAGAACGUGAAACACAAAACGAAGGAGUACAUCAAGAAAUACAUGCAGAAAUUUGGGGCCGUUUACAAACCCAAGGAGGACACGGACUUGGAGUAGCUACCACGAACCUGGAGCGAGACGCGACCAUCCUCUUUUGGACCGGAGGAGAAGCAAAUCCCGCCCCUGGCCCCAAAAGGCCGUCAGCUCUGAGCGGGACUCGCGGUUUGGACCCGACUUCCGUAUUAAAUGAAGUAGUCCUACGCCGUGGAGGGGAGGGCAAGGGAAGUGACACGGAUUGUGGAACAGGAGCACGUUCUGCAGCUCCCUCCACUCUCCCCCACCCCUUCUUUCCAGGCGAACCCAGGUCUCAAACAUGGCGGUGCUGUCUGGCGCGGUGACCCGUGCGCCCAUCUUGUGUCACCAAGAUCUGUAUUAUAUUUUAACGUAUAUGUGAAUAUAUUGAUAAUUUUUUUUUUUUAUUUUUUUUUUGCUUUUAGCCCCACACGUGCUGAUAUCACGGGAACACUUUGUAAGGAUAGUUUGUUUGGGCUUUUUGUUUUGUUUCGUUUCCUUGGAGGGUGGGGGGGUUGUUUUAUUUUAUUUUAUUUUAUUUUUUGUUCUCCUGCAAGGUUUAAUCUGUUAUCAUGUAAAUAAUCAGGAGCAGGCUGCCUCUGGAUUUCUGGCAGGCCUCGUGCUAUGUUGAUAAGAUUGAUUUUACUGCUUAAAUCAUUUUACUUUAUCCAAUUUUUACUGAACUUUUUAUGUAAAAAAAUGGAAAAAAAAAAAAGAAAAAAUUUAAAAAAAUAAAAAUGAAAUGAAAGAACA